AUGGCGAGCAUGAUAGCUGUUAACUUGGAGCCAGAUCGUCUGAGGGUUGGAUCUCGGGGAAGUAUUAACCGGAUGGUUGAACAAGUACAACAGGAGAAGUACACGAGCCAAUAUGCAGGAAAUGACGUGUUUGAGGAUAAUAGAAGCCGAAAUACCUCAAAUGCUGCCCAAACUGGGUCUACUUUGUUGGAGCAGGGACAGUCUGCAGUGGAUGAUGCUCGAGUUUCAUCUACCUCUGCCUUGCCUUCAGCACCAAUUUGUCGGCAGUUUUGGAAGGCUGGGAACUAUAGUGAUGCACAUGGCUCCAGAGUCAAUCUUCAGAGUGGAAAAACCUACCUUCAUGUUCACCCUAUGUUUCUUCAUUCAAACGCCACUUCGCAUACGUGGGCAUUUGGUGCAAUUGCGGAAUUGCUUGACAAUGCCAUUGACGAGAUCCAAAACGGGGCCACUUUUGUCAUGGUAGACAAAAUCUCAAAUCCAAGAGAUGGAAGUUCAGCAUUGUUAAUCCAAGAUGAUGGUGGGGGAAUGGACCCUGAAGCAAUCCGGCAAUGCAUCAGUUUUGGGUUCUCUGAUAAAAAAUCUUCAGAAGCUAUUGGACAAUAUGGUAAUGGCUUUAAAACCAGCAGCAUGAGGCUUGGAGCUGAUGUUAUUGUCUUUACUCGCCAUAUGGAAGAAAGGUCUGCGACUCAAAGUAUUGGUCUCCUCUCAUAUUCAUUUUUGAUGCGGAUGGGUCAUGACCGAAUAAUAGUUCCAAUGGUGGAUUAUGAGUUCAAUACAGAUAUUGGGAAGUUCGGAAUUUCUAGGCGGCAUACCAAUGAGUCUUUCCAGGCUAAUCUUUCAUUACUUUUGCAAUGGUCUCCAUAUUCAAGCGAAACAGAGCUGUUGAAGCAGUUUGAUGAUGUUGGAUUACAUGGGACAAAAGUUGUGAUCUAUAACCUGUGGUACAAUGAUGAUGGCAACUUGGAGUUAGACUUUAAUAAAGAUCCUCAGGACAUUUGUAUUGAAGGAGAUACAAGAAAGGUAGAAUCGCUUCCUGCUUGGAGGACAGUAAAGGAACAGCACAUUGCCAAUCGCUUACAUUACUCUCUACGUGCAUAUAUGUCCAUAUUGUACCUGCGAAUUCCUGAAACUUUCUGUAUUAAAUUGCGUGGCCAAGUUGUUAUGCCCCAUAAUCUUGCUGAUGACCUCAAGUUUCCAGAAUAUAUCUUGUAUAAACCUCAGGCUGGGGGGUUAAGAGAGGUUAACGUGAUAACUACAAUUGGGUUUGUGAAAGAUGCUCCACAUGUCAAUAUCCAUGGCUUCAAUAUUUAUCACAAGAACCGUCUAAUAAAGCCUUUUAUGCAGGCUAUGAAUCUUACUAGCACUAGGAGCAGAGGAGUCGUAGGUAUUCUAGAAGCAAACUAUAUCCAACCAACUCAUAGUAAACAGGACUUCGAGAGAACUUCCAUUUUCCAAAAGCUUGAAGUUCGAUUGAAGGAGAUGGCAUGGGAAUACUGGGACUAUCAUUGUGGGCUAAUAGGAUACCAUGUAACAAAGAAGGUUAGAGCAGUGAGCUCUCCAUCUGAUCCUCCUGCCAUGUCAAAUCAAACCUUCCCUACUGUUGGCACCGAACAGGCAGCUUCUCCUGGGUUAGGCGUUAAAAGGAAGGAGCAUAGCAAUUCAGUUACACCCGACGCUGUUAGAAAGCUGCCAAGACUUGGGGAAGGUGUAGCAGUUACUUCAGCAUCCAGUUCUAGCAGACAUAUCUCUCAGCAGCAGCAAAAUGCGGUUGCAGUUUUGAUGCAAGACAACCAAAAACUCAGAGCAGACUUAUUUGAAUACGAGAUGCGGAAGGAAGAGCUCAAUCUACAGGUGAUAAAGCUUACUAGGGAACUGGAAGAAGAAAAUGCUGAAUACGAUCGGCUUAUGGCAGAGCUGACCUUAUUGGAUGACAUGAAGCUGGAGAAUCAGAGAGUAAAUAUCGUCAUGUGA